UUAUGUUUACUAAAUUUCUUAUCUCAUCUCAUAUCUGUUAUCAGUCAUCGAUUCGUCCAACGUGUUCUUAUUGUAAAACUGCGGUUUUCAAAAUAAAUUUCGUCAUAAAUUACUCUUUACGCAUCAUAAUUAUAUGUGGCUGUGUCAGUUCCAGAUGUCAUCGCGAUAAAACUCCAUGAGAUCACAUGUUGCAACUCCUCACCUGUGCCAGAAUUUGCAACCAACGAUAAAGCUGUUUAUUUCUGAAUAUUUUAAAGUGCCAUGGAAUUCCUCAUCGGAGGGUUGUCUGGAGCACUUGCUGUCUGUGUUACUAACCCCUUGGAGGUGGUCAAGUGCCGCUUUCAACUUCAGGGUGAGCUGAAAGCGCGAGGACAAUACGCAGUGCAUUACAAAAACAUCAUCCAUGCUUUCUAUACUAUUGCAAAAAAUGAUGGUCUGCUCGCUCUCCAGAAAGGACUUCCUCCUGCCAUGGCAUACCAGGUUGUACUCGGUGGCUGUAGGUUAGGCUUGUUUCAAGUUGCCGAAGAUCGGAAGUGGAUAGCAAAGAAAGGGAGUAAUAACAGUGUGGGUGAUACUUCCCUUCUCAAAUCCAUGGCAAUAUCAGUGGCCGGUGGAUGUGUAGGAGGUUUUAUGAGCACUCCUUUUUACCUAGUCAAAACUCGCCUUCAAGUCAAAUCUAGUGAGGCUAUUGCAGUUGGGUACCAACAUCGGUACAAAGGAACAAUAGGAGCUUUUGUUGACAUUUAUUCAAACCAAGGUAUCAAAGGCCUGUGGCGGGGUUAUCCACUUAUCAUGUUCAGGAUAGCUGUUGCAUCUUCCUCUCAGAUUCCCACAUUCACCAUGCUGAAACAGUACCUGAAAAAUCAUGAGGUGCUCCCAAAUUUUGGAGGAAUGAGCCACACGGUUGUUGCGGCGUUUGGUGGUGGGAUUGUCACUGCUCUUGCUAUCACCCCUGUCGAUGUUAUCUCAACUAGAUUUUGUAAUCAAGGUUUAGAUGCAAAUGGAAAAGGAUUAUUGUACAAAAAUGGAGUGGACUGUGCCAUAAAAACAUUGAAAAAAGAGGGGAUCUUUGGACUGUACAAAGGACUGAUCCCUUGUUACUUUCGAAUAGGUCCUUACAGUAUUCUCACCAUGGUGCUCUGGGAUUCCUUAAAAUCACUUCAAAGGAAGUACAAUUCUAGCAGCUAAUGAAGGUUGAAGAAGAUUAUAUGAAAGUCUCAUGCACUUUUUUUGUACUUCUCUAGAACACUAAAAGUUCUAAAAAAUGAGAAUUCAUAUGUAGCAGAAUUUUUUAAAAGAAAGAAUGUUUCAAAAUAAAGUCCGAAGGCUGAAGCUGCUGAGAAAUUUGCUCAGUUUUUCCCUUCUUAUAUAGCUUAAUCUAGUCGAAAAAGAGGAGAUAGGGUUAUAUUAUGAACAUUAUUUCAUUUUAAUUAAUCUUCUCCUGCAAGGGUAAUAAGGUUUUUAUUUUGUUAUUCUCUCUAGUAAAUUAAAGUUGCCGAAAGGCACUCUAAAGAAAAAGUGGCUAGUCACUUACAGGAACUUGUAGUGUGUAAGCAAAAAUGUAUUCCUGUUUUUUUUUUUUUUUAAAUAAUUUUUUUUUUCAUUGGUACCUAUUAAUUUUGUGACAAAUCAAUUUUUUUUUAAGAAAAGUUAAGAAUUGUAGCAUUUAAAAAAUUUCCCAUGAUCAAAAAAGUGUAAGUUGCACCUUAUUUAGUACUGAACUUAUGGAUUUUUAAACGUUUAUGUAAAAAAUAUAACUUGUGCAGAAAAAAAAAAAAAAAAUAGGUUACUAAUUUAACUGUGUAACAUUUAAUUAUUGAUAGAGCUCCUUAUUUUGAACUAUGGAGGCGUCAGAGCUUCUGAAAGAGGAGAAAACAAACUGACUACAAGAUUGAAAUUUUAAAUUUUAUUUAGUUUCAGUGAAACUGUUGUAUCUUGGUAUAAAGUUAUUUGGACGGCACAGUUAACAAAAAUAGUACUGAACAAUUAAUUUUACAAGUGGAAAAUUAUCAUCAAUCAAAAAUGGACGGCACUAAAGUUUAAGGCACUCAUUUGUCCUGAGUAUUCAUACCACUAUAUUUUUUAUGUUGUCUUACAAACUAUCUUGGCAAAUAUGGCAAGUUUCAAGGCACGAACAACGAAAUUUUUCAGAAGCAGAAUGCUGCAUUGCUAAUACUUAGUCAUGGGUGGUAAAUAUCAAGAAAGAGCCAAAACAAUGACAAAUUAAAAAGAAAAUACCUUUGGUAUUAAUUUCUCUGUACAGAUGGAUAUUGUCUUAAAUUUUUCUAUGCAUUUAAAUCCUUUUCAAAGAACCGUACAAUAUUUAUUUACCCUUUUUAACGUAGUAACUCGUAGCAAAUAGUUCUCAAAAAGACCAAGUAAAACUAGGUCCUGUGCAGCCUGCAAUAUGAGUUGGAAAUUACUUUGUACAUGGCAAUGCCUGUGAGACACGCUCCCAACUGAGAUGGUUUUGCAAAUUCAAUCAUUUUUACUCAUCAACUGACACAACUAAGAGCGAUUCGGAAAGCAAUCUCGACCAUAUUUUGUGGUACAGUGUCCUCGUAGCAGACAUAUAUCUCCCGAGGAUGAGGGAGGAAGAACAACCGCCUGAAAAGGUUACAUGGUUUGGAUUAGUUGACAAUCUCGAGAAAAAAAAGGAAAAGAACAAUCAACACUGAAGCUCCUUGAUUUUCAUUUAAAAUUUUGUUGAGUCAGAAUUCCAUAAUGUCAUCAUUUUCCUAUUUUCCUGACUUUCCUUGACUUUAGAGGACUUAAGGAGAAAUCUAAAUAAAGUCUGUGAUAAGGCCUUUUCAUGAUAUAAAAGAUAAAAACAAAUCAUGCACUGUUAGAAAAAAUUUUCACUUUCUACACUUUAAAUAAAUUUGUUGAUGAAAAUAGUACAAACCACCUUCUGCAGAGCACUUUGUGGCUAGAGACUGUUUGUCAGCUCUGUAUUUUUCUAUUUUUUCUGUACAAAUUGUUUAAAUUUGUUAUUGAUUGUUAUUAAUUUUUUUGUUGAUUAAAUAUUCAUUUGUUUCCAA